AUGUCCAAGUCAACGCCAUCACUCAAGCCCGACACCGUUGGCUCGCUUAUUUUCUGCCCCGAGUGCGGAAACCUGCUCGAUAUCCCCGGCGAGGAUGAUCUUAUCGUCUGCAACCUCUGCAGCUACACCCACCAGAGCAUUGACUUUGAGGCGUUCGAGGUCGUGACAUCCAGCAAACCAGGAGCAUUCCCCUCAGCACUCAGGAAUAAGCGUGAUGAUGUCCAGAGCGAUGUCAAGGAUGCCGCCGCUGCCUUGGUCAAGGAGCCUUGUCCAAAGUGCGGUAACCCCGAGAUGGAGUACCACACAAUGCAGCUUCGUUCGGCUGAUGAAGGUCAAACUGUCUUCUACACAUGUCCCAAAUGCGCUUACAAGACAAAGCUCAACAGUUAA